AUGUCACAACACACUGGCGCGAUGAAUAGCCACGGCCAGAUUGCUGGGGGUCAAGAAGUCGAUUCCGCUGGAUCUCAACAUGCGCGCCUCGAAUCCUCCCAGCGCUCUGAUCCUCCGGUUAUUCAAGAGCAUACAAACCCUGCAGGUGUGCAUGAACAACCUAGCGGCGACUCAGCAGUCUUUGACAUUGCGCCAAUGGAGGCUUUGAAGAUGUUCUCCGCCCAUCUGGGUAAUCUUGUUCAAAUCACUGGCGACGUGCCUCCUACCACUCUGAUGGCCCCUACAUCUGCAUCGAGCGAGUCAUUGGAAAGCUCCGAACCCCGCGUCGCAAAGGACAAUGCAUCAUCGAAGGCAACCAAACUUCACUGGUCUGGUGCGGAAAGCAAUUCUGAUGGCGCGACUCCGCCCGGAACAGUCCAGCAGAAUGUUUUGGCGAAGCGGUUCUAUUCGAAGAAAGCUCCCCCGAUUUCACUGGAGGACUACCUGCUACGGCUGCAUAAGUAUUGUCCGAUGUCUACCGCUGUCUAUCUAGCUACCAGUCUCUACAUCACGAGGAUGGCGAUGGUGGAAAAGAUCAUCUUGGUUACCCCUCGCAAUGUCCAUCGACUGGUGCUUGCUGGUCUUCGGGUUGCAAUGAAGGCUUUGGAAGAUCUCAGCUAUCCACACAGCCGUUUUGCGCGGGUCGGUGGUGUCUCUGAGCGGGAGCUCACUCGUCUCGAGAUCACUUUCUGCUUCCUCACCGACUUUGAGUUGCGAGUCGACGCCCAUAUGCUUAUGGGUGAGGCCAAAUUUCUACGGAGCUACAGUGAGAGGUCUCGACCAGACAUGACCUUGGACACGAGACAGCUGGGCGAGGGCCGCGAUGAUUCUGCGCUCAUCGCAUCAACAUCAGCACCAAAAGAGAUCGCUGCUGGAGCGCCGGAUAAUCCGUGA